UAAUUAUUAAGUGACAAUAAUGGUAUGAUUUUGAAAAAAAUAAAAUAAAAACCACAGUAAAGUCAAAUGAACCAUUAUUUAAAUGCUUCUUUCUCUUUCUAACAGUUUUCAGCACAAUCAUAAACUCACUUCCGUACUUCUACUAUCUGGGCCCUACCUGGGCCUUUGCCAUGAUAAUUGAUAAAUAGCCCAAACUCAAAUCUCGUGAAGAAAUUAAAUGCCCCAAGUGCAAAAUUAGUCCUUCGUAUCCAAUUUAUUUCAUUUUCAUUUCAUUCUCGUGAGUCCUUUAUUACCUCUCAAACUUCUGCAUGCACAUUUACUCCACCUUCAUCCACAUAUAUAUAAACGUUACACCCUACUAAAUUACCAAUUUCUCAACCUCAAACUCACCAAAAAAUUUAAAAUACUCCCUCUCUUAAAAAAAUAUGGGCUUUUUUCCUACACUACACACUACUACAUUACUCAUUCUCUGUCUCCUAAAUUUUCCCUUAUCCAUUUUACCAUCUACCGCUAUAAUGUCCGAUUCCACUCCCCCAUCGGCCUUAGUCGAUGCCCCUCAAUUGGGUUUUACCAUGAACAAGAACGGGGCUCGUACUGAUACUCAUGAACAAAAGGCGGUAUAUGAUAUCAUGAUAGCUACCGGGAACCCAUGGGCAACUGAAAUACCCGACGUGUGUCGUGGCCGUUGGCACGGUAUUGAGUGUAUGCCUGAUAAAAAUAAUGUGUACCAUGUGGUUUCCCUAUCAUUCGGGGCGUUAUCGGAUGAUACCGCUUUCCCUACGUGUGACCCGACCCGAUCAUACAUAUCCAAGUCCAUCACCAAGUUGCCUUAUCUUAGGACCUUAUUUUUUUACCGUUGCUUGAGCAACACCCCUCAGCCCAUUCCAGCUUUUUUGGGCCGUUUAGGCCCAUCUUUACAAACAUUAGUGUUAAGAGAAAAUGGGCUUGUUGGCCCAAUUCCAAGUGAGUUGGGUAACUUGACCCGGCUAAGGGUACUCGACUUGAGCCGGAAUAAUCUCAACGGGUCGAUACCGUGGUCUUUGGGUCGGGUUAUUGGGCUAAGGUCAUUGGAUUUGAGUGGGAAUAGGUUAAUGGGCCAAAUACCCAAUUUUACGCUCCCUUCUUUGAAUGUCUUAGACCUUAACCAAAAUCUAUUAUCCGGCCCAAUUCCUUCAAAUAUUGGGCUUAGCCAAUCUCUAACCAAAAUGGACCUUAGCCGAAAUAGGCUUUCUGGCCCAAUUCCAGAUUCAAUCUCGGGCCUAAAAGACCUUAUUCUAAUGGACCUUAGCUUUAACAGGCUUACAGGCCCAUUUCCAAAUUCUUUCAAAAACCUUGAUUCUUUACAAGCUCUAAUUUUAAAGGGCAACCCUAUGAUAUCCACUAUAAUUCCUAAUAAUGCUUUAGAAGGCAUGAAAAAUUUGGUCACUUUGAUACUAUCCAACAUGAAGUUGCAAGGCCCUAUCCCUAGCUCCUUGGCCCGACUCCCAAAAAUUCGGGUCAUCCACAUAGACGGUAACGGGCUAAACGGGUCGAUACCGGAUAGUUUUCAAGGCUUAAAAACCCUUAGUGAGUUAAGAAUAAAUGAUAACCAAUUAAGUGGACCGCUUCCUCUAGACAAGGAUAUGUUGUGGAAAAUGGGCAGGAAACUUAGGUUGUACAAUAACUCAGGGCUUUGCUUCAAGUAUGCAAACAAUGGCGAUUUCGCGGGUGAUUCGGAUUUGUUGAUGGAAUGGGGCAUUGGAUGCUGUAGUGUACAUAGAGCAGGCAUGGCAAGAUCAGUAGAGCAUACACUAAAAAGUAGGAACAAUAUUGUGGAAAAUAUGCCAACAUUAGUCAAUAAUUCAUCAACAAUAGUCCAUAAAUAUUGGGUGCUUCACUUGUUAUGUCUUCUAUUUGUUGUGUGGUCAUAGUCUUAUAGAAGUGGUUUAGAAAUGUUUUUAGCCACUUAUAGUGUGUAUAUGCUUUGUAUAUAUAGUAUAGUUGAAUCAAAAUAUCUACUUUGCUCUAUAAUAGAUUUGUGUAAUUCUUUGUUCUUUUUGUC